GACACUUGGGAGAGGGUCUCUAGUAACAGAUACGUUUCAAAAAGAAAGAACUUACUCCCCUUCCCAACCCCUCCACCCCCUGAUUGGGCUUUCUUGCUUGUCGCCUGUUGCUCUCUAUUGUUUUACCCGAACCAGUCACCUCCAAACUGUAAUCCUAUUGCUUUCCAGUCUACGAUUUCAAACCUCCAUAGCUGAGGGCUGCCGGUCAGCCAAGAUGAACUCCUCCAUACUUACUAUCCAACGCGACAUCAUUCUCAAUACUAUCCGGUAUACAGCAGGGGAUGAGUGGAAAGUCCUGGUCGUAGACGAAACCAGUCGGAAAUUGAUUGAUAAUGCUGUGAGCGAGGAUGAUAUUCUCAACCUCAAUGUUACCAAUGUCGAGCAGAUCGAGGAAAAGCGGAAGCCGAACCCUAUGGAUGCGCUUUAUAUCCUAUCGCCCCAGUCACAUAUUGUCGAUUGCUUAAUGUCCGACUUUGAGCGAAAGAGAUACAGGAAAGCGUGGUUGGUUUGGACAUCAUACCUUGAUCCUCAGCAGCGCACUAGACUUGAACGAUCACAGAUGGCUCAAGAACAAAUCGCUAGCUUCCGAGUGAUGAGUGCCGACUACUUUCCGAGGGAAUCGCGUCUUGUCACAUUCCGAGACCCCUGGAGCUUUCCAGUCUUGUUCCAUCCUGGCUGCAACCACUUGAUACGCGGACAUCUGGAGGGGCUGGCACAAAAGAUUGUAUCCCUUUGCGUGAGCUUAGGGGAGUACCCGAUAAUUCGAUACUACAAGCCUAGAGCACCAACCCAUGAGGCCAGUGUGCUGUGCUCGCACCUUGCCCGGUUUGUCCAAAAUGAACUCGAUCAAUUUGCCCACUUUCAAAAAGACUUUCCGCCUCCUUCGCAAAGACCUCGGGGCAUCCUUAUGAUCGUAGACCGCUCUAUGGACAUCGUCGCGCCCCUUAUUCACGAAUUCACGUACCAGUCUAUGGUGCACGACUUACUACCGAUCAAAGAUGGAGACAAGGUCACUUAUAAAACAAUUAUAAACGAAGGUAGCCGUAAUGAAGAACUCAAGGAGAUGGAAAUCUCCGAAAAUGAUCACGUUUGGGUUGAUUAUAGGCAUCUUCAUAUGAAAGAUGUGCUUGGAAAGCUGGGUGAAGACUUCGCCAAAUUUAGAGCAGCAAAUCCUCAGUUUGCUGAAGAAAACGACAAAGCCAACGUGAACACAAUCAAAGACAUGUUAGCAGGCCUCACAGAGUUCCAACAGGGCAGAGAUGCAUAUACGCUGCAUCUUAACAUGGCGCAAGAAUGUAUGAAACACUUCCAAGAGCACAAGCUACUGGAAGUGAGCUCGGUUGAACAGUGCCUGUCGACUGGUCUGGACGAGAACUACAAAAAGGCAAAGAAUUUGGCUUCACAGCUUGUUCAACUGCUUGACGAUGAUGCAGUGGCACAUUUGGAUAGACUGAGACUUCUACUCCUCUAUAUCAUUUACAGAGGGGGGAUUCUUGGUGGAGAUAUCAGAAAACUCAUGGCGCACGCUCAACUGCAGCCGCAGGACGGAGACGCUAUCUACAAUAUUGAUCUACUUGGGUCCCGAGUGGAGAAAAAAUUGAAAGACGAGAAGAUACCCGUUCAGCCGCUGUUCAGCAGGAAGUCUCCGUCGCCAGUGGAAUCCGAUGAAGCUAGUCUAUCAAGGUAUGAAUUGAAUAUGAAAUUAAUGCUGGAAGAAUUAGUUAGGGGAACGUUGGAUCCGGCAGUUUUCCCUCCCACUCGUCCAAAUACGGAGACAGAGGGCAUGGGAGGACAUCAGGAUACCCUCUCGCAGGCCUCCCUGCGGAGUGCCAAACCGACGUGGGCUCGGACUCGUUCAACCACAGAGCAACCCCGACAGCGCAUUAUUGUCUUCAUGGCUGGUGGCGCAACCUAUGGCGAGGCUCGUUCCUGCUACGAAGUCUCUCAGGCGUUCGGCAAGGACGUUUUCCUUGCGACAUCGCAUAUGCUGAGCCCCGGCUUGUUCUUAAAACAGGUCGGAGACCUCAGUGUCGACAGAAGGCGUCUAGAUAUUCCUGCCGAACGGCCGAAGCCAACUGCACCAGCCCAUUUAUUCGAGAAAGAUCCUCCACCACAACCCCAACCAGCGCCUAAGAAGACUCCAGCCCCGAUGCCCAAUCUCAACCCUCCGGCACCCCCUUCUGCAGCUAUGAGCGCGAUGUCCUUAGGAUCAAAUUCUCAAAACGGUUCUGCAUCAAGCCAUGGGAAGCCACAUAAGGAGAAGAAGGAAAAAAAGCGACAUCACUUCUUCGGAAGAUCAUAGUGCACUGACCUUUUUUUCAAGAUCACUUCGAGGAUAAUAACACCACUCCUUGACUACUGACGGCUAUACCCGUCUAAAUAUUUCAUUCUACUAUAGCGUCUGU